CUUGGGGGCUCAGCUCCAGGCCCGCUCCAGGGCCCAAAGCCCUUUCCCCGGCGUCUCCCUUCCCUCCUGGUUCCUCGCACGACCGUGAGAAGGGGCAGGGCGGGCAGGGGUCGCCCCGUUUCACAGAUGAGGAGCCCGAGGCCCGGAUCAGCUGUGAGGCAUGCCCAGGAUCGGGAAGGAGGAUGUGGCUAGGGGGCUGUGUCCAGCACUGCCUGCCCCCCGGGGCUGCCAGGGUCGAGGUGCAACCUUUGACCUGUGGCUUGUCUAUUGGGGAAGAAGGUAGAGGCUCCUCCAGUCACUGCCCAGCCCCACUCAGGACACACGGGCCACUGGCUGCCCUUCCUGGCCAUGGGAGUAUGUUCCAGAAAGUUCUGUCACCCCAUGAACUUUCAAGAGGGCCAAGGAGCCUCUGAAAUAGCUGUUUUGCCACAAGCUCCAGAACCCAACCCCCCCCAGGGACGGCAACCCGAGAGCCCGGCGGGUCACAAGGCACUGCCCUGACCGAAGGACAGCCUGGUCCCCACCUGCUGGCCCCUCGGCCUGUGACCAGACCCCCACCCGCCUGGCUGGAGUCCUGGCCUGCCUCGGUGGCUCCUGCUUGACACGGGCUCUCUGCGAACGGAGGACAGGGACAUGCGUUCCGCCAGGGGCCGUGGUCCUCCCUGCUCAGGGAGGCUCAAUCCACAGCCAGCCCGAGACCGGCCUGCGCUCGGCACACCUCCUGCGGGUGGUCAGGUGCCGGCCAGAAAGACCAAUACCUGCCCGUCUGGGGUCUGGGGAGCGAGGCCCGGGCUGUGGGCCCCGAGUCCUGAGUCCUGAUGGAAAGAGGUGGGGCUUUAGGUAACCACGAAGGCUUCCUAGAGGAGGCGGCUUUGAGAUGGGCCCGGAAGGAGCGAGGGAAGUUCCCUGACGGCGCUGAGGGGUCGGAUGGCAGCCACCCCACCUUCUGAGCGGAGUGAAGGACCUUGUGAUCGUUACUUACCGGACGCAGGCCUCAGCCUCUUCCGUGAAACGGGUGCGGUACCUCAAGGGGGCCAGCUGGCGUGAGGCAGGUCUCAGGCACACCUUCCCCCAGGGCCCCGGACCCGGGAGUCUCUGUGGUCAAGGGCAGCCGGGGGCCUGGUCCAGGCCCCUGGGGACCCUGCUCGGGAGGCGGGAGCCGGCACCAGGCAGGGGAGGUGUCUGCUCUGGUCUGAGCAGAGCGCCCCGCACCCAACCCGUGUGCACCCACCGAGCCGGCUCCCUGUCCACCGCAGGGCCAGGAUGGACGAGGACUUCUCCUCUCAGAUGAAGAAGAUGGCCUUGGCCAUGGGCACGUCCCUGUCAGACAAGGACAUAGAGCUGCUGCCCACGGACAUGAGGCAUCACGGUAUAGCACACCCCUCGUCCCCGGCACCGUGUCCCGACCCCGGGCCUGGCCCAGCCACGGCCGAGGAAGCAGUGGACACAGGAGUCCCUCUGGGAGCUCCCCCUUCCCCGGGGCUGGGCAGCCUCGCGCACACAGGGGUGGGGGGAGGGGAAGUGCAGGACACGGCAGUCCCCACCCCCAGGGCAGACGCCUCCCUCUGGGCUCCCCGUGACCUGCGCCUGGCUGUCCCAGGCUCCUUCAACUACCUCAAGUUCUUGGAGUACAUGCAGAAGUUCCAGGCCUCGGGGCAGCUGGAGAGCGCCAUCCGCCAGGCCUUCCAGACUCUGGACAAGGACAAGAGUGGCUUCAUCGAGUGGAACGAGAUCAAGUACAUCCUGUCCAUCGCCCCCAGCAGCACGCCCACCGCCCCGCUGACGGACGAGGAGGCGGAGGCCAUGAUCCAGGUGGCAGACACGGACGGGGACGGCAGGAUCGACUUCGAAGACGGGAAGCUGAGCGUCAGGGAGGCUGAGCGGGUGGCGCGCUCCCUGGACGGAGGGGAGCUGGUGGGGGAGAGGUGGGCUGAGGCGGCUGUGGGCAAGGAAGGAGGGGCCAAAGGUGGCUGGACCACCCUGGAAGUGAAGGCGCCCCUCCGGAGCACCCUCACUGGGCUGUGGCAGGAGCGAGGGCCUGACUCGCAUAUCAUCUUGCACUCCUCCCCUUACCCACCCUUGUGGGGGUCCCACUGGCUCUGCCCUCAGAAAGCCCAGACAAUUACCACAGCCCCCAAAUAA